UUUUUUGCAGGUCGCUACUAUAAAAUGAGGAGUGAGUUGACACAGUCGCAUUGAUUCCGAGAUGCCGUCCACUACUGCCGUGCUCGCGGUCUUGACUGCAGUUGUUUGCUGCUCCGUAGUGUCGUCGCAGCAGAGCGGCGUCGGCAGCGGCUCGGGGCCCCUCACACCCGACUACAUUCCCGUGUGCAGCGAAGAGAGUUACUCGCAGACGCCGUACCCGCCGAUCCCGACGCUCCCCAAUCAGUUUUACACCGCGUUCGAGUUCAGCUACUCGGAGGAGAACCGCUCCUACGUUUUUUCGGAGCAUUACGACGACCCGGGUAACAGGGCUAGACUGGACUACGUUUUGGAGGACUCGGGAGAGCCUGGUGUGGAAAUAUAUGACUAUGAUCUGGGAGAGGCCUUCCUUAUCCCCGACCGGGAGAGAAACGUGGCGUGUGGAGUAAAGUCACUCGAAGAACCUUCCUCGUUUCUCAACGACAGUCUUUUUCGUUUCAGAUAUGUGAACGGGAGUAUUCACGUUGGCAGCGUGAAGGGAAUUUUUGACCUGGCAGGCAACCAGUCAGCAAGGAAUUGCCCGCAAAAGAAACUGCGAGGAAUCCUCUGCGAUUGCUGGGAAACGUGCCACAACUUUGACAACCUUUCCUAUACGGUCACCUACUAUUUUUCGUCGUCAGAAUGGAACUAUUACUUUCCCGGGGAGGCGACUAUUCCCGUCCAAAUCAAUGUGCACGAAGCCAGUCUCGAAGACGAUGGAACCCUGAGUGAGUCAGAAACACUUACAGCUUUUUCGGGUUCCACAGUGGUCCGAGUGCAGUACCAGACUCUGCGUUUGAGGUCCCGACGGGGCUGCCUUGUCUGGGCCGGAUCUCAGGCAAAGAUCUCCCUCAAGUGCCUCAGUACUUCAGUAUGCACAUUGAGAGGGUGGUGGAUGCCAAUACAGUCACAACUGAAAGGGAGUUUUACGACACGCAACUGUUUAGAGUUGAUUUUCUCUAUGAGAGCACCCCGUACUCUGUCAUCCACGACUUUGAACUCGGCCUCCAGUACUUUAUCAACAGGCGCCUGAGCAACUGCUCCGUCGAUUCAAUCGCUAAUCUGAACUUCUCGUCAUAUGACAUCGCAGGUGGACCAGACGGGGCCAAAAGAAUGCGAACUCCGACGGAAUUCUUCCGCGUGGGGGCCGGAUACAACUUCUCAUACGAAGGGGUGACCAAGAUACGAGGGAUUGAGGCCGAGGCGUGGAUCUCGGUCAGAGACUCAUUCCCGUUGAAUCUCGGUUCCAAAGUCGUGAACGGAACGGUGGAGCUGUUUUACUCUCGACCUGGGUCCACUAUCUCCAGUCUUCUCUCUAAUGAGACCGCACCAGUCCCCCUGGCCAUUAACCUGACUGGUACACUGUGCUAUGACGGUGAUGACUGCGGGAAAUCAACCAGCCUCUCUUCUUUUUCCACCUUUUACGAUUUUUCAACUACAGAGCCCGACUUUGAUGUUUUCGACACGUCUUUCUGCGCCCAACCGGGCCAGUAUAGGAUAAUCUCAAUGAAGAUUCCGGGACACGAAUUCGGGGCAGACAUCGGGCAACUGCGCAGGAGCAUACGACUCGGGCUAACUGAAUACGCCAAUAUAUCACUGCUGCAGGUUGCAAGCAUUGAGGUUGUCGGUGAAGACGACAAGUACAUUUACGUCACUCUGCAAAUUCUUCCCGUGCCAUCGGCUGCUGACUACCCCGAUCCCCAAUCUCCUGAUGACGUCCUCCAAGAUCUGCGGAGCUUCACCACCUCAGACGACUGUUUUCCCUUUACCAUCCAGCUGCCCUCGAGUGGAGAGAAAGUGAGGCCGUGCUGGGUGAGAGUGGACCCUGUUUGCCCCACCACUUCUGAGCCAACAGAGUGUCCUGGUGUGUCCUCUUCCAGUUCUAGCAGUGGUGUAUCGAGUGGGGCUGCUGCAGCAAUCGCGAUAGUCAUGUUCAUUGUGGGCAUGAUCUGUACCAUGGUCCUGGUCCUGGUGGUGAGGUUCUGCCGGACUCGACGCAGGGGAUUCAACCUCCUCCACAGCAAGUACAGGAAACAAGAGAACGAGAUGGAAGGCUUUGCCGACUGACUAACUCGCGCAAUAACAUAUCUCUCAUAGUGGUUUGUGUGACAAAUCACAUUGCGUAUGUACGUGUUUAUAGGUACUUAAUGCACCAACUGCUGCCUAUGUUUUUGUGUGCCAACUGUUUAUUUGCAGUGUUGUUGUUGUUGCCGUAUAAAACCACAAUUGAAACGGACACAGAAAACAUAACAGAGGGACCAACAGUGGAGAAUACUUUCAGUUUAAUGGUAUACAAUACACAUGAAAUGAUAGUGCCUGUGUGUUAGAGAUUGGAGUCUUUGUAAUGACUCUUUGAUACUUGUCAGCUAUGCUGUUGAAAGAGCCGAGUGUUAUUUAUAGAACAAGUGACAUCAUCCUACUAUUGUUAGUACUCACAGAUUCGAGGUCUUGUGACAUCUCUUUCAUCUUGUUUUUGGUGUCAGUGAAAUGGCUUUCAACACGAGUGGCAUUCUAUGUGACACAUGUUAGGGGGCUGGCCAGGUUGUUGCAAUUGGUAGCAAGAACAAAGCACUCUUGAAGUGAACGACACUUACCUGUACUUCGUUGGGGGCUGUGCUGUUGAGAAGUGAGAAGACUAGAACUGUCUUUCAAUCUCUGCAUGUAAGAGACGCUGCUAAUGUAAAACUUUGGUAGAGCGUAAAGCAUGAGUGCAAGGGUAAGAUCACUUCUGAGAGUGGUUUUCAAUGGCAAGCACUUACGUCUUUCCUAUUCUCCCUUUGUCCGAGUGGAACUUGGUCACUGGAGCUGCGUA